CAGGUUUGUUUUGUUCAUCCAGUUCUCGGGAAAGAGCAAUGGAGGUGUGGCCAUCUACAGAUGGAAUUCCCCUGAACUCACCUGAGCACCCCUCCCCCUUCCUUACAGGAGUAUAAAGGUGUUCAGGUGUUAAAAGCAGCAACAGGUGCAUCACAGUUACACACAGAGGAGACGUAACCACAUACAUACACUGACGCACACUCACUCUGAGGAUUCAGACGGCUUCCUAAACGUUCCCACACCAGACUGUCUCACGCUGUAAACAGGUAAGGCAAGUUUACUUCAUCUUUUAUUUCAGUUUUGAUUUCUGAAUGUUAAAAACUCCUACAAAGCAGAUUCUGUUAAACAUGAUCAUUGAUAGUAAUUAAAACAACAAUAAAAAAUGAUAAAUUAUUACAAACAAAAAUAGAUUUCCUGAGAGAGUUUCUGCAACAGCUUUCCUCCAAAGUUUAUCUGUAACAUUCUUCCUCAGAGUCUCCAUGUCAUCACCGUGCCUCAGCAGCGUCCUGACCUGUGCCAACCUCACCAUGUACCAGACCAGUGACACACUGUUGCACCAGGCCAAUGUGCUUCCCAGUAUCAACACAGUGCAGACCAGUAACAACUGCCUGCACUCCAGUAACCCAGCAUAUAGCUCCAGCAUUACCGGUAAGAGAAGCUGUUUUACUGUUGAUGAUUCAGUUUUGUUCGUUGUCUUUUUAAUGUGUCAGAGAAAUUUCAUCUCUUAGCUGCUGGAUUUAAUAGUUUGUGUCAUCUAAGUGAGUCAAAUCUAACAAACAGUUUAAUACCGCCUGUUUAUAAUCCAGUCAGAGUUUCGACUCUAGUUUUAGGUAAGCCUAAUCACAGGGUAAACACUGUCCUGUAUUGUCAAACGUCAGCGCCACCAUUAGCCUGCUGGACUUUGCUGUGACCUCCUUUGGUUUCUGUCGGUUCAAUCAUUGACCAGUCAGCUAAAGUUUAACUCAGUUUAACGGUCGGACAGAAGAAUACAGCCGCCUCAGCUAUCUGACAGCUCCAGCUUUGUUUCACUUACCUCAGAGACAUACAGUAAGACUGAUGAUGAUAAAGACCUGUACACCUUCAUCAUACGGCUGAGCAGCUCCACAUCAGACAGACAGAUAAUCAGGGGGACAACAAUAGCUAACGUCAUAUGAACCUCAAGAACAACAUCAGAAGAAGAAACCUGUUUGAAAUGACCUUUUUGCCUGUUUUGAAACACUAAAAGUGUUAGGAGGAGCAUGCCAUCUCUAAAAACACGCCGUGUCUGGCAGGAGAGGUAUGCUGUCUGACCUCUUACAUAAGCUCACCUGUGGUCUGUUUGCAGGAGAAUGGUACAGACACAUCAGCCCUCUAUGCUGGUCAACAGAGAAUGUCCUGGAGUGGAUCAGCGACCACGUAGAAAGCACAAACUUUGAUGCCAGGACUUUAAGUCUAGCCUGCUGCUCCAUGGAUGGCCCUGCCCUCUGCACUAUGACCCGAGACCAGAUGAUGGGGGUCUUUGGCCCUCAGCUUGGACUGCAGCUUCAUCAGAGUCUGCAGGAACACAAGGCUAAAUAUGGUAAAACUACCAGCAUCUUAUUUAUGGUUUAGAGUCCUAGUUAUCAUGUGACCAUAACUCACAUGACAUCAUAAAAGGUCACAUCAUGUGACCAGCCCUUGGUGUGAAUUACCUUGUUUAUUUUGUCAUGGACUGAGAGACUUUAAUAUUAUGAUUGAUAAUAAUAAUAAUAAUAAUAAUAAUAAUAAUAAUAAUAAUAAUAAUACGUUUUUACGAAACGCAAUAAGGAAUGAAUCAAUAUGAAAUGUGAGUCACAUGACAUCAAUAUAGGUAUGUUAGUAUUCAUCAGAUGUAUUCAGUCCUCCACCAUCUCAUUUUUUCCUGUUGUUGUGUCAUUUUCUCAGAGAUGCAGAGUUUUUCUGGACCAGAGCUAAAUGAGACCUGCCAGCUGCUGGAUCACUUCCUGGACAACCUGAACUUCCCUUUGCUCAGCACCAUCAGGAUUGGCCAAAGUUAGUAUCCUGCAAACAAGCAUAAACUGAUUUUGUGUAGAACUGAAGGCUAACCCCCACAAACUGCCAACAGCUGAAGGACCUGAGAGCAGGAGAGAGUUUGACUUCAGGGACGAUAACGAUCUGAGCAGUCUGUCUCUGGAGCCCGUGAUGCCUUGGGGAGACUCUGAGUACCUAUCUGAUAAUCAGUCUGACAGCGAGUUCAGCUCCUCCUCCAACAGUCAGUAUUUUCUUUUCAUGUGUUUCUCUUUGUUUCAUGUUCUUCACGUUUUCUCUACUUUAAAAAAUUGAUCUCCUGUGUUCAGGCGGCACAUUUGGCUUCUCAAACCUUGGCUCACCAGAGUCUGGCAGCUGUGAAUCAGACCCUGAGUUCUCCUACCCCUCUAUUUCAAGUAAGUAAGCAGAAAAAGUGCUGGUUUAUUGGGCUCCCUGGAUUUAGAAGAUUAUUAAGGUUUCUAGUUUUUUAGUUUAAUUGACUUUUAUAAAUUACUGUUUUGUUGACAGAGGUUCACAUAAAAACAGAAAAGGAAGAGUGUCGUCAGAAGCGACCAAGGGGCCGGCCUCCAAAAACCAGUCGAGAGAACAGCAACAGCUUUUACGAGACCCAGAAAAAGAACAAACAUGGUAAGGCUGUGUUUGGACUCUGUAUCUUUCUUUUCACAGAGCAGCUUUAGAAAAAACAGCACCACAUACACACGCACGCACACACGCACGCACACACCUAAACUCACCAGGUCCUUUGUGCGCAGCUCCUCGAGGCACUCACCUUUGGGAGUUCAUCAGAGACAUCCUGAUUCACCCGGAGAGGAACCAGGGCCUAAUGAAGUGGGAGGACCGCCGUGAAGGUGUCUUUAAGUUCCUGAAGUCUGAGGCUGUGGCUCAGAUGUGGGGCCAGAAGAAGAAGAACAGCAGCAUGACUUACGAGAAGCUCAGCCGGGCCAUGAGGUAAGUAGCUCACAGAGAUCAAUUACUCCUAAUCAACUCUAAACUUCAUAAUAUUCCAUAUUAACAGAGUUUUGGUUCAAAGGUCACAGACCAUCUUUUAGACUUCAUGAGACAGCUUUAAUGUUAGCUGAUAGUGUAAAUGCUCCAAAACAGGAAAAUAUCAUUGAUUACAAUAGAGACCAGAGCUUUGCUUUUGAAAAAUGAGAAAUGUAUCAGCGGUACUUCAGGCCAUAGAGGGCUCAUAGCUUAAGUCUUUAACUAGGACUAACUGGCCCCUCACCUGCCCCUACAGGUAUUACUACAAGAGGGACAUCCUGGAGCGGGUGGACGGCCGGAGGCUAGUCUAUAAAUUUGGAAAGAAUUCGAGCGGCUGGAAGAUGGAGGAGAUUGGCAUGUGAGCUGGAAGAAGUAAUGUUUAAGACACAAACUUCCUCUCAGAGGGAAGGUGUUGCAGAAAAUGUAAGCCAGUGUUUUUGGCUCCUGUAGGUUUUAUGAACCGAUAUUAAUGUGGUCAUGUUUUAUGUUUCUUGUUGUUGUCUUUGAUGACUGAGUCUCUGUCAGUCAAACCGGGAGAAAAAAAAAAGCUCUUUUAUUUGUACAGAACUUACUCUGACCUAUGUAACUGUUUCACAUCUGUGCUGUUUCUCCGUCUUUAUCUCCAUGCAGUCUGUUUAGUUUGCAGACCUUGUUGUCGUACUGGAGACCAUCUUAUUUUGAUACUCUUAUUUAAUGUGUUGUUACAGGGUGAAGUUUAGUUUGGAUCUUAAAGAUGGACGAUGUUUAUGAAAGUCUGUUGAAGGACAGAGAAUGUAUGAUAAAUGUGUCUUCAUCACAUUUUCUCAGAAAUGAUGUGCACUACAUGUCUAUCAGUAUCACUUAUUAUCAAGUGUGUUUACACAAUUUGUUUUGUACGUGUAAUCAUUGUUUGUAUGAAUCAAAAAUAUGAAGAACAUUGAGUGAUUUUUUUUACUUAAACCAAUUCUUUGAAAAAUGUCCAAAUAUUUAUGAAACCAUUUUUUUUUCUGUUUUUAUCACAACUAUAGUUGACAUCUAUUGGCUCUUGCAACUCUUUUUGUAAUGAAUCGUAUGAUAUUAAAACAAUAAACAAAUAGAAAAGGUAA